UUGAAAUAUUUCCGGCUGCACUGACGCUGACUUGACAGUAUGUGUGUGUGAGGAACAGACUUCUCAGCAGUUCAGACUUGAAGAGUGACAGCUUGCAAUGGCGAGUCCUAUUCGUGUGUUUGCUCUCUGCUCUUCCCUGUUCUGUACGCGGACGUGGCGGCGCUGAACGCCUUUUGUCUGCCCUCAAGCCGAGCCGACCAGUCCAGCAAGGAGGAGGCAACGCUGACAUAUUUCAGCGUUAUCGCAGGGGACAUUUAGCGUGUUUGUUGGCGAUUGAGGAAAUCCAUUGCGCGUUUCGUCGUCGCUGCCACGAUGUGUUCAGAUUUUGUAAACACGGACAGGAACGGUGGUUAGGCUCGGGCGGUGCGCGCGCUCCUGGGCUGACGAUGUUGCACGCGGAGCUUUUCUUCUCCUGAAAAGACGAAAAGGAAGCUGACUUCUUGAAGCUUAUAUGGCAGCCUUCCCAGACCUCUGCGAGUGAACCGUGCUGACAUUAAAAGCCUGCCGCUGGAGGAAGGUUGAUGAACUUUGAUUUGCUGAGUGCUGGAGUGUGCUGAGGCCGGCGGAGCGUCAGGUUCAGGCACAGUCAAUGUGGACUCCAGCUGGUGAAUUGACGAGUCAUAUAUAGGAGCAGCAGAAUCGCUCCUGCCCCUUCUACCCUCCCUUUCCCUCCCAUCCCCUUCCCUUGCCACUCUUUUCCCCAAUCCUCCUUUCCCCAUCAUCCACAUUCAUCAUGCUUAUCAAGGAGUACCGAAUCCCCAUGCCCAUGAGUGUGGAGGAGUAUCGCAUUGCCCAGCUCUACAUGAUCCAGAAAAAGAGCAGAGAAGAAAGCUGCGGUGAAGGCAGUGGAGUCGAGAUCCUGGAGAACAAGCCUUACAAUGAUGGACCAGGUGGGACGGGUCAGUAUACCCACAAGGUGUACCAUAUCGGCAUGCACAUUCCCAGCUGGUUCCGCUCCAUCUUGCCUAAAGCAGCACUGAGGGUUGAAGAAGAAUCAUGGAAUGCCUACCCUUACACCCGCACCAGAUACACAUGCCCCUUUGUGGAAAAGUUCUCCAUUGACAUUGAGACUUACUAUAAGCCUGACACAGGCAACCAAGCAGAUGUUUUCAACAUGUCUGCAGUGGAAAAGAGGCAGAGGGCGAUUGACCCAAUUGACAUAGUGUCAGAUUACAUCCCACCACAUGAGUACAAAGCAGAGGAAGAUCCACGCCUUUACAAGUCAGUCAAGACCCUCAGGGGUCCUUUGCAGGAUGACUGGAUUGAAAACUACAACAAUAAUCCAGGGAAGACCCCGAUCAUGUGUGCCUAUAAACUCUGUAAGGUAGAGUUCCGGUAUUGGGGCAUGCAGUCGAAGAUUGAGCGCUUCAUCCAUGAUGUUGGACUGAGAAAGGUGAUGGUGCGUGCACACCGGCAGGCCUGGUGUUGGCAGGAUGAGUGGUAUGGUCUGACCAUGGAGGACAUAAGGCAACUGGAGCUGGAAACCCAAGUGGCAUUGGCCAGGAAGAUGGCCCAGUUCAGUCAGGCAGAAGAGGCUGCCGAGGCUAAUGGAGGUACCCAGGUGCAAGACAAAGACCAGGAAGUUAAGGAAGCAAUCAGCUCCAUUGAAGCUGAGGAGGUGGUGGUUAGCUCAGGAGGAGAAACCCUGCAGGCUCGAGGUGUGCUCACGAAGCAGUGGUCCACCUCCUCCAGAUCUUCUCGCUCAUCCAAGAGAGGAGUGAGUCCGUCACGUCACAGCAUCUCAGAGUGGCGGAUACAGAGCAUAGCGCGAGACUCAGAUGACAGCUCAGAUGAGGAGUUCUUCGAUGCUCAUGAGGAUCUCUCAGACAACGAGGAAGUUUUCCCAAAGGAAAUCACCAAGUGGAACUCCAAUGACCUUAUGGAUAAGAUCGAUGCUGCAGACGCAGAGGAAACUCCUGGUGAGCUGUUACAGGAAAUGACAGUGGAUUAUGAAAGGACCAUCAGCGAGGAAAGACUAGAAGAGAUGUGUGACAAAGUCCACAGCACUCCCAUUCCCACCAUCACAGUAACCAGGCACCUGUCAGAGAGCUCAUCCCAGCAGUGUUUGCAGCCUUCAAAAAUCCAUGUGCUGAUUUUGGUUCUGCAUGGAGGCAACAUCCUGGACACAGGCGGAGGGGACCAGAAUAGCAAGCAAGCUGAUGUCAACACAAUCAGUACGGCUUUUGACACAGUGAUGCGUGUUCACUACCCUGCUGCUCUCGGACGCAUUGCCAUCCGCUUGGUACCCUGCCCUGCCAUCUGUGCUGAAGCUUUCUCCCUGGUAUCCAACCUGAAUCCAUACAGUUAUGAUGAAGGCUGUUUGUCAAGCAGCCAGGACCACAUCCCCCUGGCAGCUCUGCCACUCCUUGCCACCUCUUCCCCACAGUACCAGGAAGCUGUGGGGACGGUCAUUUUUAGAGCCAACCAGGUGUACACAGAUUUCAUCAAGUCUCUGGAAGGUGCAUCCUUUUCUGGCCAGGUAUGCCUCAUAGGAGACUGUGUUGGAGGAAUUUUAGGGUUUGAUGCACUCUGCAGUAGCAACCAGCCAGUCAAUGAAAGCCAGAACAGUAGCCGCAGGGGAAGUGUUGUGAGUGUACAGGAUCAGGACCUCCUGUCUCCAGGCAUCAUUGUCAACAGUGGAGUGGGGUCAUCCUGCCCGACGCUGGAGGGCAGCCGCCACCUCAGCCGCAGUAAUAUUGACAUCCCCCGUGCUAGUGUAGCUGAUGACACCAAGAAACAACUUUCACGCAAGAGAAGUGACUCGUCAACUUAUGAAGUUGAUACCAUAAAGCAACACCAGGCCUUUUUGUCCAGCUUGCAUUCUAGUGUCUUGAGGAAUGAUGCAGCUUCUCGCAGGUCCAGCAGCAGCACUAUGCUGGAUGGAGGCUCCCUGGGAAAGUUUGACUUUGAGGUAUCAGACUUUUUCCUGUUUGGCUCUCCACUGGGCUUGGUGCUUGCCCUGAGAAAGACUGUCAUUCCAAUGCUGGAUGUGGCCCAGCUGCGGCCUGCCUGCCAGCAGGUCUAUAACCUUUUCCACCCAGCUGAUCCCUCAGCAUCUCGCCUGGAACCUCUUCUGGAGCGGAAGUUUCACCUCCUCCCUCCCUUCAAUGUGCCACGUUACCAGCGCUUCCCCCUGGGAGAUGGAAACUCUGCUUUGCUGGUGGAGACAGUGCAGAGCAACGCUCAACUCCUACUUGACAGCGGGCCUCCUCUGUUCAGUCGCUGUCAGGAGAGCAUCAGUGAGACCUGCAUCCCUGUGCCUGUCCUAAACUGGCAGGAGGCCUCCCUCAAAGCCACACCCACUGCUAUGGAGUCGGAUGUUGUUCAGUCUCAUGGUGGUGUCUUCAUGGACAGUUCGUACCCCUCAUCCCCUGUAACGGGCCCCAUGUGCCGUGGCCAGCGGAGGGCCAGUGAGGUCAGCAUUGCCAGCCAGGUCUCAGGAAUGGCAGACAGUUACACUGCCACCAACAUAGCCAACACACAAUCAUGCCAAAAUAAUCAGUCGAAAAGUUCAGCUUUGUCCCAGCUCGCCCUGUCAUCACAAACUAAAUUCUUCCUGAAAAGUCCUCCUAAGUCACGUAAGAAAGCAGCGAUCGACCAGGUUCCAACGUCUCCUCAGGCAGUUCUAGUGGCAGGCCUGGAGUGUGAGUCAGUGACUAGUGAAGGUCUAAGCCCUUCUGUCCAGUUUGAGAACUGCCUGUCACCGGGCCUGGACUGUGCUAUAUCUGACCUGGUCUCGCUGGACUCCCAGGCUGAAGUGGACCAAGUUGCUGCACGGUGGUGGGGUACAAAGCGGAUGGACUUUGCCUUGUACUGUCCCGAUGCACUGACUGCUUUCCCCACAGUGGCUUUGCCACACCUCUUCCAUGCAUCAUACUGGGAGUCUACUGAUGUGGUGUCUUUCCUUCUGAGACAGGUCAUGCGGCACGAAAACUCCAGCAUCUUAGAAGUCGAUGGGAAAGAAGUGUCAGAAUUCACCCCUUCCAAACCUCGAGAGAAGUGGCUGCGUAAGAGGACUCAUGUGAAGAUCAGGAACGUAACUGCCAACCACCGUGUCAGUGACGCCGUGUUCACUGAGGACUGCCAGCAGAUCGUGAUGGGUCGGUUCAUGUAUGGCCCUCUGGAUGUGGUGACUUUGGCUGGAGAGAAGGUGGACCUCCACAUCAUGACCCAGCCUCCAUCAGGAGAAUGGGUGUACUUCAGCACAGAGGUGACCAAUAGUAGUGGCCGCGUAUCUUUUGUUAUCCCAGAGGAUAAGCGCCUGAGUAUCGGAGUCUACCCCGUUAAAAUGGUGGUCAGGGGAGACCACACAUUUGCAGACAGUUACCUUACAGUUAUUCCACGUGGCACAGAAUUUGUGGUAUUCAGCAUAGACGGCUCAUUCGCAGCCAGUGUGUCUAUCAUGGGCAGUGACCCCAAAGUGCGAGCAGGAGCUGUGGAUGUUGUGAGGCACUGGCAGGAUUUAGGAUAUCUGAUUAUUUAUGUGACGGGACGUCCAGACAUGCAGAAGCAGAGAGUCGUAGCUUGGUUGUCCCAGCACAAUUUCCCUCAUGGAAUCGUCUCUUUCUGUGAUGGGCUGGUUCAUGACCCACUCAGACACAAAGCCAACUUCCUCAAAUCCUUGACUGAGGCUCAGAUGAAGAUUUUUGCUGGCUAUGGAUCAACCAAAGACAUCUCAGUCUACACUUCAAUUGGGCUACCUCCCUCCCAGAUAUACAUUGUGGGUAGACCAUCCAAGAAAAUGCAGCACCAGUGCCAGUUCAUCACAGAGGGCUACGCAGCUCAUUUAUCCCAGCUGGAGUAUAACCACCGUUCUCGGCCAGCCAAGUCUAGCAGUGCACGCAUGGUGCUACGCAAAGGCAGCUUUGGCCUGGGUGCAAACAGCGACUUCCUGAGGAAGCGGAACCACCUGCUGCGCACCAUCUCUUCCCAGCCGGCUCCCAGCUCCCCAACAGGCAACAUCCACAGCAAACCUGAGCGUACACAGAGCCAGUCGGACAGCGAGCGUUUGGAGCACGCUCACAGCUAUGGCCAGGGAGCCACCCAGCGCAGCAUGAGCAUCACAGCCAGCUGCUGGGGCCGCAGCGGCAGCACCAAGCUGGAUCACGGCAUUCUCAGCCCAAAAGGACAUUGUGAAAAGGCUUUAGGAGGGCCAAAACAAACAUGAGGUAAAAGAUGAUGGUUAACGAAAGAGUGUAGGGGCUCGCACCACUUUGGAAAAGGCCAGUAAUCAUUGCCAUUGACCUCUCCUUGUAAAACUAGUGCCAGUACAACCACCAAAAACAUACAGAUGUUUAUGGCUGUAUUUAUUCUAAAAUACAUUUCACAAAAUAUCUACCUGAAAUGGUAACAUGCACAUAGCACACAGACCUGUCCAAUAUUGUCAGAAUUACACUGUUUUGUUUUGUUUUGUUUUUUUACUGUUUGGUGAAUAUUUAUGUCUUUAAUGCAAGGUCAGUGUGCUGCUGGCAUAUUUGCUAAUCAAAUGUCAAUUUUGAAAUUUAAUGUGUUUUGUUAGGAAUGUUGUGAAACAUUUUCAACAUUGCCAUCUUAACAUUGGUGCACACCCUACUGUCAGAACAUUGUAUUGCAAUGAUUACAGAUUACAUAGUUGAAAUGAAAAUAACCCUGAGCUAUGUGUUGAACACUUUGAUUUGUGGGUUUGACUUCUCUGUCUAAAAUACAUGUUAUAAUACUGAACUUCCUUAAACAUUCUCUCUCUCACACAUACACACACACACACGUGCCAUGCUGUAUAUUUCAGCACAUAAAGUGAUUACACAGCCUGUCAUCAGGUGCAUCUGACUGCUGUGUCCUCAGCAAGCACAAUGAUUAUGUAUAUGAUGUUUGUAACAGCUGGAA